AAAACAAUGCUGGUCUUUAGUGUCACGUUGCCUUCAUGAUCACAUCUCUGAAGUCCGUGUGGAUUAUAGUGUGUCGAAGCUCUGAACGCCAGAAUGUUGUUACGGAGACAAAGGGGAGGAAGAGGUGACGUCUUUACCUGCACUUUAUGAUUUGGCGGAGGAAGAGUGACAGGGACAGAUUCCUAUCAGUUUAGUGCCCUGUUAUUACUGAUGUACAAUCAGGUUUCUCCACAUGCUCACUGAGGUCUCAACAUGGGUGCUGAUUACUUUUAGACACUGAUACACUUGCAACAGCAAGAAUGAGAACAACAUGUGUAAUUUCCAGAAAGUCUCACAUCCUGACCUGCUUUACCAAACGCCCCUGUUUACCCAACAACUUGCAUCGGUACAGCAACAUAUUGGGGAAGGACACAGGAAACUGGGGCAACUCGUCAUAAGAGACAUUUAUUGUAGAACAUUUAGAGGUCGUAAUCAUCUGCACGGACUCCUUUGGGCGUUGAGUCGUUGUAAUCUGGAGGGGCAGCAACAUCAAAAAGACAAAGGUGAGCGCAUGAAAUAGUACAUUCAUUUAGGCCGAAACUAGAAAGAAACUAAAAGGAGAUUAUGUAACUUUUGAAAAACAGAAUAACCGAAUCGUAUUGGUGCAAAGCAGUGAAAUUGAUGAAUGAUGGAAACAGCCUUGCUCGGAUUGAUACACCCAGGGGUUUUGGUUUAUCGCUCCGGUACGACCAGCGGCUCAUCGGGGAUGAUAUAAGCUUAUGUACAAUUCUCUACUACAGUCAUGUCGUACAUCUUUACCUACGAGGAACUGAAUUUGACCGGCUACGAUAAUCUUACGCUCUACAUCUUGGAUCCAAAGACCUUGCCAUGUCCACUAAAUCCGCUGCCGCCUGCUGAAGCUUGGGCCCUUUGCGUCCUCCUCAUAAUCAUCUUUUUACUGGCGAUACCAGGGAACCUGUUGGUGGGGUGGGUGAUCGGCACCAGCAAGCAGGCACUGACCCCAUCGGACGUGUACUUGUUUCACCUGACAAUGUCCGACUUUCUGAUGGCCUUAACCAUCCCAUUCUCGGCUGUACAUCUGAUACAGGGGUGGGUCUUUGGAGACUUCUUGUGCAUAUUCCUCAGCCUCGUCUUCGAGGCUAACUUCUACACCAGCAUCCUCUUCCUCACCUGUAUCAGCGUCGAUCGUUACCUGAUGAUCGUGCGCGCCAGCGAGAGUCACCGCACCCGCCAGGCGAUGCGCCGCCGGCUCCUGUGUGCGACGGUGUGGGCCCUCGGUUGGGCCCUCGCUCUGCCCGCGCUCUUCAACGACGUCUCCAAGCUGACCGCAGAGAGGAUGACUUGCGGCGAGAGCUUCGACCUCGGCAGCGCCUCCUCCUGGAGAAUUGCCACUCGCGGCUUCCGCCACAUUUUCGGCUUCUUCCUCCCUUUGGUCGUCAUGGUAAUCUGCUACAGCAUCACCAUCACCAGGCUGCUGCGCACCCGCGGUUUCCACAAGCACCGGGCCAUGAAGGUGAUCAUUGCCGUGGUGAUGGUGUUUCUCCUGUGCUGGACGCCGUACCACGUAACCAUGAUGGUGGACACACUCCUGAGGGCCGAUUUGAUCCCGCCCGGCUGUGCCCUGAGGAGAUCCCUGAGCACUGCUUUGUUUUCAACCCACGGGCUGGCGCUGUUCCACAGCUGCGUCAACCCGGUCCUCUACGCGUUUGUGGGAGAGAAGUUCAGGAGCAAAAUGAUGCAGGUGGUUCAGAGGAAAGCCCGGCAGGAGAGAAGGUCGGGGUCAAGGUUCAGCAGGUCGACAUCUCAGACGUCAGAAGGCAACGGAGCUCUGCUCUGAGACGUAUUUCAAUCACUGUCCCUUUUUUGUUAUUUCCAUUUGAAGUCAGAAGAUCCUUGUCAUGAUUUAAUCAGCGUGACUAACUCUCUACUCUUGAAUUGUGGUGAACUGCUGCCAUCUAUUGACUUUUCUGUUGUCUACAUCCACUAUGAAACCCUUUGGAUUUCCGUUCUCUGCUCUGAUAAAGUCUCAGUUCAUUUUGCUGAGGAAUUUAACAGUAUUUUUUAUUCUUGAGACGCUUUUUAGUGCUUUUAAUCAAAGAAUCUUGGUCUGCAUUUAUUGGCCCAGGAGGAAUACACGCCUUCACUCGUGUGAAAUAUAUUUUUGUGUUCAUUUAUACCUGCUACAAAGUUUGUAUAAACUGUAAAUACUAUUACCACUAUUUUUCAGUAAAAGUGCGAAUGCUACACAAGUUUUUGCAAUA